AUGGUUCCUUGGUGUAAAACCAUAAAUAUAGAAUUGAAAAGAUAUCCAUCUGGAUUUUACUCUAGAACUACAAAAAGAAAAUAUAAUGCUUCCGAGUUAUCUCCAGAUCAGUUAUCAAAAUUAAGAGAAAAAUACGAUAAUUCACAAAAAAUUCUAACUACACAAGAGAACUUAAGUAGAGAUAUAAAAGGAUGGAAAGAUGUUCAUAAUGAUUUCACUUCUGAACUGCAAAAAGAAUGA